AUGCCGGUGGAAGAGGUGGCCGGCACUACGAAGCCGACCAGGGGAGGCACUGAUGCAGGCAUACAAGUCUUGCAAAACAACGCACACUUUCACUCUGCUUGGGAGCACCCAGGCCGGUUUGUGGGUCACAAAGGGUUGCAGAGGAGGUUGAAGGAAGAGCCCAGACCAGAGGACCUCCUCACUCCCAAACCUGAUGGCGAACUUCCAUACCAAUACGCCUGGGACGUGGAUUCCUUCGAGAAGGCGCGGCCAGGGCAGAUCCGAGCCUAUGGUGGCGAAUCUCAUCAGCUCCCUCGGUGA